CGGCAGAGGCAGUAGCUGCCUCGAUAAACCCCGGCGCGCUGUCAGACUACUGCUGAUACCCUAAGGGUCGUAAAAGCACAGCGACGUUCCAGGCGCACGGCUGAGUCCUGUGAGCUGCAUGCUGCAAUAGUAAACCUCACCAGGCGACCUUGGAUUACAGCCGACCAAACGCACUUGAAAGCCACUCGGCGCAGCGACAUGGCGAUCCGCCGGCAUCCCAAAUACGUGGAAAUCGAGGGCCUCCGGCUCACCAGCGAGUUCAGGCCGGAGCCGGUGCGACAAGCGCUGCAGUUCGUGCCCCGUGCCGGGGACGUGAUUCUCGUCACGUACCCCAAGUGCGGAACUCACUGGGUCCAGCAAAUCUUGCAGCUCAUUGUGAACAGAGGCCGGUCGGCAGAAAACUUCUUUGAGUGGUUGGCCAGGACGCCGCUCCUCGAGCUUCUCGGCACGCGCAUCCUGGAGGACGCUUCCGAGCCCCGCCUCAUGAAAACACACCUGCCGUUGGCCAGGCUGACACUGCGCGACGAAGCGAGGUACGUGUACGUUGCCCGAAAUCCGUGGGACUGCUGCGUUUCGUUUUAUCACCACACUAAGGCGCUCCCGGCGGCGUACUUCAGCGAAGGAACUUUCGACGACUUCUUCGAGCUGUUCAUCAGUGGCCAGACAGACCAUGGAGGCUUCUUCGACCACCUGCUGCCAUGGUACGCGCGCAGGAGACAAAGCAACGUGCUAUUUAUUACUUACGAGCAGCUAUAUAAACAACAAGGCGACACCGUGCUCAAGAUAGCGCGCUUCCUGGGACCAGAAUACGAGCAGGCGCUGCUUCAGGACCAAGAGUUUUUCCAGACUGUGCUAGACAAAAGCACUGCAAAGUUCAUGAAGAAGCAGUUUGUGCUUGACCCUGCCAUACUGAAGACCAUCAUCGAAAGGGAUCCCAACGCCUUGCCGGAUGAACUGAAGAACCUCUACGGAAAGGUCUUCGUAGCGCCCUUGCGAGAGGCCAACACGGUGAACUUUGUCCGGAAAGGUGUCGUGGGAGACUCUAGGGGCACCUUCACACGCGAACAGCUAGAGCGUAUGAAACUGUUUAUUGAGAAAGAAACUGCCCAAACCGACGUCAUGCAGCUGUGGUUGGACGAAGAUCCGCUUAGGAUGUGAAAAGAAAAAUUAAGCUCAGGUCGGCGUUCAAACUGAAGGUUCUAAUAAAAAACUUGACAGAAAUCCUGGAGGUACAGACACUAGUGAAUGAAGCACGGACACAGCUGAAACGACCGAACGAUGCUCGGUGCUCUUGCAGCCAUAUUGUGACCCGUUUCCAGUCUGAAGAGCGCCCAUCUAUGUUCGGUGCCUCUUUAGGUGACAUGAAUUUCGCAACAAAGCCGUGUAAUUACUUCGCACAAAGAGCGCGUACACGCGUGGAAAUGGCUGACAAAGGAAAGAGUACAAACGAGUGCCAUUGCGUUCAUUUUCGUUGCCCGAUAUUGCACCUCGUGUGUAGCUGAACGUGCGUAGCUAUACCUCUCGUUCAGCAGCUUUAGGCCCGACCGGUAUGAUCGAAGCCUGAUGACUGUCUAUCGCUUCCUUCUUAUUUUCCUUAAUUUUUUUCAUUUCCUGCCCCACCCCUUUUUUUUGUGCGUGAAGGGUGAUUUAACCUACAUGGCAGUAUAUGCCGAAUCACCACUUCACAGUGUUGGAGGCGCGCGCGAGGAGCCUGCUGAUCUGUCCUAGGGUCGUAGAUAUUUAGCUGGAAGCGAUCAUUCCGGUAAAAUCUUGGUUUGAGCUAGUUGGUAUUGAUUCAUGAUUAAAGCAAACUUUUCGGCGCAAAUUAAACCAGCACGAAGAAGGCGCCCGUUCUGUUUUGUGUUCUUUGUCCUCGUUUAAUUUACGCCGAUAAGUUUGCUUUAAUCGAUGGUUAUAGGCUGGUGAAAGACGGUACUGCCCCGGUUAUUGGCUGCAUGGCUGGGCGUUACGAUGCCCUUGCAGCGCCACUUUUUGCUAAGAAUAAGGCACCUGUACAAAUACACUGUCCAUCGGUCAUUCAGUGUCUCCGAAACUCUGAUAUAUAUUGUCAUCCGCGCCAUCCGCGCUCACAGGAAGGAGCUGCAUAGAAGGCGUCAAUAACGAAGUUGGCGGAUAAUUAUGGACAUAGGGUUAGCGUCUCGUCACUGCCCGAUCAC